AUGGUAUCACAAGCCAACCGUCAAUGGAAAGUACAGCUGUGGUCUCAACAACAGAAUAUAAUCUUUCCACACCAUUCACAACUACAAACUCCUGAGAGACGACUGAAUCAGUGAUGUCCCCCUCCACUACAGACAAAACAUCCUUCCUGUUAUUACAAGACAAGACAUAACUGUAACUCAACCCCAAAGUACAUCAAUCCCUACCUCAAUGGAGUCUCAAACAACUGAACAUACCAGUCCAACCACCAAUAUAUUGACAACAUCAGGUAUGUCACAAUCCACUUUGGAAAUGUCUUCAACUGGGACGACUACUUAAGAGCAUGGUUCCACAAGCCAACCUUCAACAGAAAGUACAACUGUUGUCUCAACUGCACAAGAGAGUCUUUCCAAACCAUUCACAACUAUAAACUCUACAAAGACUACUGA